CUCUAUUUCUCUUCUUACUCUUCCCCCUAUUUUCCGCUCUCUCUCUCUCUCUCUCUCACCGUGUGUGCUUACGAGGCCAAAUUUUCAGGUGGGAGAGAGGAGGAGGAGAAGAAGAAGGAAAGGGGAGAGAUGAAGAAGGUGCAGAGAAGGAAGGAAGGCUGCUUUAAAAACAAACGUGGCUUGUCCUCCGCUUAGUUAUUUCUUCCUGAGUGUCCUCAAAAUUAUCGCUUUGUGCCCUACCGGAGGUUAGUUGCACACUUUACAUGAGAUUCGGUAAGUUACGUCUUUGGUACCUGAAGUUUGCAGGCGCUAUCGAUGGAAUCACAAAGCUUUAUAUACAUAAACUCAACAUGUCAAGUAUUAAUGUUGUUUCAGUUUGAUCAGG